AGAGAAUAAUCACACACAUAUCCAUAAAACGCAUAGAAAAUACUAAUAAUAAUAAUGAGUUCACGAAGUUCAUUUGAGUUCCUUUUUCUCGUUAUUCCUAUGAUUUUCAUGAUCAUAGUACAUAAUAAUAAUCCAUGUUAUUGUCGUGUGUUGGACCAAGCAGAGGAUUCAAAGGUGAAUGUUACUUUGAAUUACCAAAGUCUUUGUGAAGGGUGCGCCCGUUACAUAAAGAGCGACCUUGGAAAUCUGUAUAACAAUUCAGAAUUAAUGUCCAUUGUCAACCUUCAUUUGUUGCCCUUUGGCAAUGCUCACAUUGAUCAAAAUCAAACCGUCCAAUGCCAGCAUGGUCCAAAUGAAUGCUACUUGAAUACCAUAGAAGCAUGUGCCCUCCACGAAUGGCCAUUGGAAAAAAGCUUCGCUUUUAUCAAAUGUGUUGAGGUUGGUGUGCUAAAGAAAAGUGAUGAUGAUGAUGAAUUAAAAUCAUUAUGGAACUCAUGUUGUGAGGAACUCAAGUUAGAUUCAAACCCCAUUAAGGAUUGCUAUGAAUCUGGACGUGGAAAUAAGUUACUUUUGGGAUAUGGUGAAGAAAGCAAGGCACAAGUUCCACCUCAUAUGUUUGUGCCUUGGGUUACUGUCAAUGACGUUCCCUUAGAAUUUGACAUUUUAAAUGUGAGUAGACACGUGUGUAACGCCUAUAAGGGUUCUUUGAAACUUAAAGCUUGCAAUAAGAAUGAAAUGCAUGGUGCUGCCACCUCAUCAGAUGAAGAGUUUAAAUUAACUCGAGCAGUGUGUUAUGCUAAUUAACAAUGUGUAGGGGUUGUGUGUCAAGUGUCAACUCCAUAAUAAUGUGAGAUUAAAUAAUGUUUGUGGACACCUAUCAUCUUAUUUGGGGAGAAUCAAAUUGAGUGAAAUAAUAUUAAAUAUAUAGCUGCUUUUCUUUUU